UCGGGGCGCGGGGCGCGGGCGGCGGCAUGGCGGAGAGCGAGGCCGAGACCCCCAGCACCCCGGGGGAGUUCGAGAGCAAGUACUUCGAGUUCCACGGCGUGCGGCUGCCGCCCUUCUGCCGCGGGAAGAUGGAGGAGAUCACCAACUUCCCGGUGCGGCCCAGCGACGUGUGGAUCGUCACCUACCCCAAGUCCGGCACAAGCCUGUUGCAGGAGGUAGUCUACCUGGUGAGCCAGGGGGCCGACCCUGACGAGAUUGGCCUGAUGAACAUUGACGAGCAGCUCCCCGUGUUGGAGUACCCUCAGCCUGGCCUGGACAUCAUCAAGGAACUGACAUCUCCCCGCCUCAUCAAGAGCCAUCUCCCCUACCGCUUCCUGCCCUCUGACCUCCACAAUGGGGACUCCAAGGUCAUCUACAUGGCCCGCAACCCCAAGGACCUGGUGGUGUCCUAUUACCAGUUCCACCGCUCGCUGCGCACCAUGAGCUACCGCGGCACCUUCCAGGAGUUCUGCCGGAGGUUCAUGAACGACAAAUUGGGCUAUGGCUCUUGGUUUGAGCACGUGCAAGAGUUCUGGGAGCACCGCAUGGACGCCAACGUGCUUUUCCUGAAGUACGAAGACAUGCACCGGGAUCUGGUGACCAUGGUGGAGCAGCUGGCCAGAUUCCUGGGUGUGUCCUGUGACAAGGCCCAGCUGGAGUCCCUGGUGGAGCACUGUCACCAGCUGGUGGACCAGUGCUGCAAUGCCGAGGCUCUGCCUGUGGGCCGGGGAAGAGUUGGUCUUUGGAAGGACAUCUUCACCGUCUCCAUGAACGAGAAGUUCGACCUGGUGUAUAAACAGAAGAUGGGGAAGUGUGACCUCACAUUUGACUUUUAUUUAUAAUAACAGAAACCGCGAACUUGCAUGCUCACGGUCCCCAGACGCUGUCCUAGCUAAGUCCUGUAUGCAUUCAUUUACUCCUUGCCGGACACACUCUGGAGGCCGCGUGGGAACAGCGGGGGGAUGAGCCCGGUGGAGAGAGCUGAGGAGUGUGACGCCGCCCCGCAGAGCAGCUGCCUCCCCUUUGGCGUUCGACGCCUGCACACGUCUGAGACCGCAGCUCUGGUGGCCGGUACCACAGGUGGCUCCAGUGUCCGCCCUGUACACCCAUCUCUCUUGCUGUAUUUUAUAGAGCUUUUCACUGGAAGUCUAAAUAAAUGUCAGUCAACCAAACUCAAGUUCCUUUCCAAGGGGACGCAGGAGCGAGCCACGCCCAGAUGGUAGGAAGAUCUCGGGGUUCGCUGUGUUUCUGUGGUCAUUUCUGAGGCACAGCCGUGCCCCCUCACUUCCGAGAUCGCGGCGAGAACACAGGAUGGGAGGCUGCAGGGGAGGGGAGCAGGAGGCUGGUCUAGCCUGUGGCGCUCGGCCCUCUGUGACCUUCCUAGCACCCAUCAGGACCUGUCCCAGAUCCUUUUCAGAGAGGCUCUUCCAGCAGGCCGUCUAAGCCCAGUGCAGAAGAACCUGCGGGACUUUCCAGAAGGGAAGCUGGCCUGAGGUGGCGCAUAGAGCGAAGGCGGCUCUGGCGUGUGGAGGUGGUGCAGUGUGAGCUCACCGAACCCCAAGAAGUGGCAUCUGCUACAUGCUUACCUCUUGUUCCCCGAGGCAGUGACGUACUCCUACUGGCAAGAGCUGAGGGUCUCUGUCCCUCCACGGGCCCCAGCCGUGCCCGAGCCUCUCAGCUGGGGGAAGCGUGCGGGGACAACAUCCUGCCUGGCUCGCGCACCUGGCGCCCAGCGUCACAGGGAACAAAGGUUGGGUGCCUAUUGCUCCUCCACCCACUCCAUUUUCUGGGUCAAAAUUGGCUGAAGUAAAGGCCAGACAGCCUAGAUGAGAGGUGGGUGACCACCAGGGGGUAAGGGACUGUGCAGACCCACGCCUGUCUCUCGGGAGGCUCAGGCUGCAGGAGGGCCUGCGGUGGGCUGUCCGGGCCAGGUCUGGGCGGACCUGGGUCUGGGGAGAAGCUUGGCCGGGCAUGUGGCUGUACAACGGGUGCGGCCACGUCUUUUCUGUGUGUCUGGGAGGGAGACUGCCUUCUGUGAAAUUUUGUUUCUAUUUUUCUAUUUUUAGUACUGUACGGAUAUUCCUGAGCACUACACAUGGUACUUCUGUGCUUGCUUGCAUCUUUAAUAAAGACGCCUCCCCUGCU